GUGACAUGGAUUUAAUGUCAUGUGAUAAAAAAUGUCUACUUCAUCGUCGUUGAACCAAAGGAUAAAUGAUUUGGAAAGACGAUUAAAGGUUGAAAACAAGUCGAGAGACAAUGACAGACAGCGACACUUAGUGCCCAAUAAUGAUUUGGUAUUCCCCAGGCCAUUUAAGCCUGAACCGGGACAUACAAGUCCCCGUAAACCCAGAGCAUGUUUAAAUGAAGGUGAUCCACAAAGUGUCUUUCAAAGAGGCACAUCAGAAAGUCUUGAGCAUGAGAGAGGGAAUGUCACAACCAACCUGUUUGGAGGAGACUUUCCUGCAACAUCUAGGUCGAGUUCAGCGCCCUCUUCUGGCCGCCGCAGACCAGGAGGGAUAAGUCUGGAGCCAGGUAGCCGGUCCAGGCAGCCAGACAGCGCGGAUAUAGAACAGAAAUACAAGGAGAUCAUGAAGAUGACUGGGAUAUUAACUCUAAAUAAAACGAAACAUAACACAGAUAUUAAUGACAUGGAACCAUUAGGAGAACUAGGACAUGGAACAUGUGGGCAGGUCAUUAAAAUGAGGCACAAACCAACCAAUCACCUGAUGGCAGUCAAGCAAAUGAGAAGAUCUGGAAACAAAGAAGAAAACAAGAGAAUAAUAAUGGAUCUGGAUGUUGUAUUAAAAUGCCAUGAUUACCCAUACAUUGUGCAGUGCAUUGGAACAUUUAUCACACCAAGUGAGGUAUGGAUUUGUAUGGAGUUGAUGUCUACAUGCCUAGACAAGCUGUUAAAGAGAACUAGACUGCCCAUUCCAGAGAAGAUUCUUGGGAAGAUGGCUGUAGCUAUUGUGAGGGCUUUGGACUAUCUAAAGGAGAGACAUGGAGUCAUUCAUAGAGAUGUGAAGCCCUCCAACAUAUUGCUGGAUCAGAAUGGCACGGUCAAGCUGUGUGACUUUGGCAUCAGUGGACGACUGGUCGACUCCAAGGCCAAGACUAGAAGUGCCGGAUGUGCAGCGUACAUGGCGCCUGAGAGAAUAGACCCCCCUGACCCACAGCGACCCGAUUAUGACAUCAGAGCAGAUGUGUGGAGUCUGGGAAUCACACUGGUUGAGCUUGCCACGGGGGAGUUUCCAUACAAGGACUGUAAGACCGACUUUGAGGUCCUAACCAAGGUUCUACAAGACGACCCUCCACUACUGACUCCUGGCCCGGCUUACUCGCAUGAGUUGUGUUCAUUUAUCAGAGAUUGUUUAACAAAAGAUUACAAAAAACGUCCAAAGUACAGAAAACUACUUGAGCAUCAGUUUAUAAAGAAGUAUGAAGUGGAAAGAGUGGAUGUUGCCAGGUGGUUUGGUGAAAUGUCGGAGAUAAUGGCAUGCUAUAGUUCAUGAUGAGUUCAACGAAGUAGAUUUGGUUUUAUUAUGAUAUUCGCCUGAUAUGCUGGUCAUAACGGAGGAUAUAGAAAGUUGAGCAUCGGUGACCCAGUUCUCAUUGAUGUCAAUCAUUUAUCUCCAUGACAACAAGCAGAGCCAGUUCCGUGUGGAUUUUUGAAGAAGAUAAAGCAGCGUGUUUAGCUUUUGUUGCCAUGGAUGAUUUAACCUAUCGUCAAUCGACAUGUCACUGAGAUGUGUCUGAAUUUCCUCUGCUACUUACAAUUGAGUUGAACAUACUAUAGAAUCUGUGUUAAAGUUAAGUUAGCUCCUAUCUCAAGCCAUCAGGCCCUUCUGUCUCGAGCAUAUACAAGUGCAUUUAUUUCUGUGUUUUCCUUGCCAAUGAAAUAAGGCAUCUUAGUAUUGAGAUAACUGUGUAUUGUUUAUUUAGUACAUUAUAUAUAACAAUGUACAACAGCCAAUUAUUUUGAUUUUGCUAGACUGUUGGAUGCUAGUGCAUUACUUAUUUGUGGAUUUGAGUCACCAAAGAAUGAAACAUGUCUAUAUUCUAAUUCACUUACAUGUACUAUAGAUGCCCUAUGUUAAUGUUUUUCCUUUGAUACCAAGAUACAGUACUGGUGACGUGUUACGUCAGUACAUUGUUGUUUCUUGGUUCAGGGAUCCCUCUAAGACUCACUAGCUUACAGCGACAGCAUUCCAUUUUGUGUUACAUUGGUCUGUUCACAGAACUUGGUACUUCGUGCGUGUGGCUGUUGACUGAAUCUCACACACAGAAACAGUUAGUGCUUAUUGAUAUAUUUAUUAUGUACAGUAUAUAUGUUAUUAAGGUGUUGCAAUGUACCUGUAUUUAUAAUACUAUCAAAGAUAGUUUUAAUUAAUAACUAAACCAAAUCUUUUAGGUCACAUUUUUAUCCAUUGUUUAUCAAGUAAUAGAACAGUUCUGAAUGAAAUGUUAUAUUUUUUUCUCUAGUCAUCAAAUCGUAUGGAUAGGAGAUAAUUUUUUCUUCAACUGUUUAUUACUCUCUCUGUCACAGACCCUGGUUAAGUGGUACAUCAAGUAAAUGCUUUCUGCAUGUACAAUCUGGCUGUAAUUUAUAAGACUACAUACACCAUGUAUACUUUUCCAUUCAAAUUUGAUCUGGUUGAUAGAAUUCACAUCUCUUUACCUUAUAUGAAAUUUUUUAUUAUGAAUUGUAUUGUAGUCCAGUGCAUUAUAAAAUUCAGAGUUUUGGUCAACUGUUAUUUGUAUUACGGUAUUUUCAGAUGAACUUGGUUGCCUUAAACAAAAUAAAUAUAAAUUUAAGACUUAGUUUUCAAGAACAUACAGUAGUUAUAAAAAAUCAAUCCUCACAUCAUUUCCCUUCUUUUUGUUUAUAACUUAACAAAUUUACAGAUUAUAAACAAAUUACACUUUAAAAGAAAGAAAAAUUGUUCAUUCAGGCUAUGAUUGUGUCAUUUUGUUUAUCGGUAAUGGCCAAUUUACUGAUUUUCAUGGUUUACUCAUUCUGACAAGAACUGGUUUGUUGGUCUGUUGGUGACCCUGUACACAAAUGUCAUUACAUUCUGUACCAAACAAAUACUGUGCAGUCAGAAAUGGUUUCUGUAGCAGACACUUCAUACUCAUUAAAAAAAAAGUACAUGUCUGUACCAAAUGAUGUUAAUUGGGAUGCAUUUGUUGAGCAGUGAUGAUUUCCUUUUGAGAGGCAGUGUGAUUGUGUUGUUACUGUGUUCAGAGGCUGACAACAGCUGACAGAAUAAAACAUUACAAACUA